AUCUGUAAAUCUCACACUUUUUCCCGCUUUCUGUUGUCUCAUUCUAUCCUUUUUGGCGGCAAAACUUCACCACCUCCGUCAUCAUUUUCCGGCGAAAUCCGUCGUCAUCAUUCCAACCGCUUAAAACUCCGGCGAUGAAUUCGCGAGACCUGACUCUCGUCUCCACUGCCGCCGUCGCCGGCGCCUUAGCCUCCGCAUUCGUUAUCCGUUUGUUAGUAAACCCUAGCAAGAAGAAGCUGGUCACCACCGACACAUCUACUUCCGAUGACGUGUUGCAGAGGAAAUCAUCUUCGAAUGAUCCGUACGAUUCGUCUAAACGCAAGGGAUAUUUAUCGUGGGAUGAUUAUUUUAUGGCGAUUGCGUUUUUGUCGGCUGAGAGAUCUAAAGAUCCUAACAGGCAGGUUGGAGCAUGCUUAGUGAGUCAAGAUGAUAUAAUACUCGGCAUCGGCUACAAUGGGUUUCCACGUGGUUGUUCUGACGACAAACUUCCAUGGUCAAAGAAAUCCAAGAAUGACAAUCCUUUAGAGACAAAAUACCCUUAUGUUUGUCAUGCUGAAGUUAAUUGCAUCCUGAACACAAAUCACGCGUCUGCUGCAGGGCAGAGGCUUUAUGUAACAAUGUUUCCUUGUAAUGAGUGUGCAAAAGUUAUAAUUCAGUCUGGGGUUUCUGAAGUCAUUUAUUUUGUGGAAAAAAGCUUGGAGAAUUCUGAUGUUAUUUAUGCUGCUUCUCACAAACUUCUAUCUCUGGCAGGCAUAAAAGUUAGGAAACAUCAGCCGAAGAUGGAUCAGAUAUUACUCAGAUUUCUCGAGACUUAGAACCUCAUUUUACCUUAUUGUUGUAUGUGUGUUUUUGUUAGCGUUUUUUCUCGCCCUUGAAUGAAAUAAUCAGACAUGAAGUAAUUAGGGUGUUUAGUGAUUAUAGAACUUUUUCUAGUGAUGCAUUGUACUUCUGUUACUAUGAUGUUUCUUGGUCGACUCUUCUAUGUAACAAUAUCGAAUGCAGUUAUCGGUGAUUGAUGCAUGUUUGGUGGCAUUAACGUUGGAUUU